UGUUAUGAUCCUCCACUUCCUGGUUGAAGCGGCUCGGUUUCGAGCGGCGCUUUGUGCGUAAGAGUGCAUGUGACGUGCGUAACAGUGCAUGUGCCGUGCGUAAGAGCGCACACAUAGGUCCACGCGGGGUCACGAUUCGAGUUCGAACGUCUUCGGUCACCGAAUAUCAACUUAUAUACCGGAAACGGAUUCGUUAAUGCAAGAGACUGCCGACCGGUCACUCAAAGGACCGACCUGUCACUCAGAUAACCGGACUGUCACUCAAAGAGACCCAGAAUGCCCGAAGAAGAAGAUUUCUGAUUCACAACUUCGGACCCUUGGGUCGGGGUAGUUCGCCAAGAAGACACCGGAAGCCAUCAGGGUGGAGGAGGGACCAUAGACCCGCCGCCGGAAGUGGACUCACGGUGGGACUGGAUUAACAAGAGACCUAAUCCCCCCCAGACUCAAACACCCACUUGGGUCUGACGACCAGAGGGGGGCCAGUUUAGACUGUAGUGUGUGUGUGUGUGUGUGUGUGUGUGUGUGUGUGUGUGUGUGUGUGUGUGUGUGUGUGUGUGUGUGUGUGUGUGUCCCUCCCUCCCUCCCUCCCUAUCUGUGUGUGGGUGUGGAGGUGUCCGACCGGAACUGACCUUUUUGAGGGGCGGGUCAGAAGUUACAGGGUUCAUGAUAAGUCUGAAUAUGUCUGCACUUUGAGGCCUGGUAACACAACUAGUGUGUGUGUAGAUGUUCUCAGUUGUGUGUCUUCCACACCUAUCGUUGUAAAGUAAUGCAAACGCACAACCGCACACCCUGCUAUAGUUUUGACUAAUAAAAAGGUCCCAUUAGAUUGACCAAUUAGGCGAUUUCAGUGGGUUCCUGAUUGGCCAGAGGGCUGAAGUCAACUCAGACAAUGAUGUCUCUAAGAAGAAUUAUGACAGAUAUUAAGGCCUAAUUUCCUCCAGUUUAAUAUCUAUUUGUGUUGGAAUAUUUUGUUGGACCCGAAAGAAGGACCAAUCUGAAACACAAGUUGUUUUUUUAAAUUGUUUGGAAUAUGUUAGAUUGUUCGGAAUGAGUUAAAUAGUUCGGAACACGUUAGGAAUGUGAGACAUUAAGCUCUUUUCGUGACUCGUGACGCUUCCCAGAGACUCAAGGAUCAGACAAUGGACCCCAGUCCGGAACCCACUUCCGGUCCGGGGGUCUCGUUCGACACAGAGUCCGACCGCUACAUUGAGCCCCUGGGCUCCCGCAGCGACGACGGGCACGAAGAAGAAGGAGGGACAAGCUCCGCCUCCACUCUGUCCGACGCCACGCCCCCCCGCUCCGACGCCACGCCCCCCCGCUCUGACAGCUCGUCCCCGGACCUGACGUCGCCCGCCUCCCUGUCCUACUACCUCUGGGACAGGAAGGACAGGCGAACGCGGUCGUUGAGGAACUUUGGAGGUCUGACGCUGUUCUCCAAGAGGAAAGCCAUCUCUAAGUCGGGCCUCCACCACCUCCCCUACCAGCUGAGCAGCUCCUCUCUGAACCGCGCCGACCCAGACCGACCAAUCAGCAGCUCCGUGGACUGGGGGGAGGCGGCGGUGUACGGGGACCAUGUCUGGUUUGAGACCCACGUCUCGGGGGACUACUGCUACGUUGGCGAGCAGCACUGCAUCGCCAAGACCCUGCAGAAGUCGGUGAGUCGAAGGAAGUGUGCGGCCUGCAGGAUCGUGGUGCACACCAUCUGCAUGGAGCAGCUGGAGAAGAUCAGCUUCCGGUGCAAGCCGUCCUUCAGGGAGUGGGGCCCGCGCAACUUUAGGGAGCCCGUUGCGGUGCGCCAUCACUGGGUCCAUCGAAGGCGACAGGAGGGAAAAUGUAAACAAUGUGGAAAGGGCUUCCAGCAGAAGUUUGCGUUCCACAGUAAGGAGAUCGUGGCUAUCAGCUGCUCCUGGUGCAAACAGGCGUACCACAACAAGGUCAGCUGCUUCAUGCUCCAGAGGAUCGAGGAGGCGUGUCCUGUGGGCGCCCACGCCGCCCUCGUGGUCCCGCCCACCUGGAUCACACGGGUCCGACGGCACCAGGCGUCCACCAAGGCCAACAAGAAGAAGAAGAGGACCUCCUUCAAACGAAAGAGCAGCAAGAAGGGAAUGGAGGAGGGGCGGUCCUGGCGGCCCUUCGUCAUCCGACCAAUCCCCUCCCCUCUGAUGAAGCCUCUGCUCGUCUUCGUCAACCCCAAGAGUGGGGGGAACCAGGGCACUAAGAUCAUGCAGUCGUUGAUGUGGUACCUCAACCCCCGACAGGUGUUCGACCUGAGCCAGGGGGGGCCCAAGGAGGGACUGGAGCUCUACCGUAAGGUGCCAAACCUGAGGAUCCUGGCCUGUGGGGGAGACGGGACGGUGGGAUGGAUCCUGUCCUGUCUCGAUGAGCUGGAGGUGAGCCCCCCCCCUCCGGUGGCCAUCCUGCCCCUCGGGACGGGGAACGACCUCGCCCGGACCCUCAACUGGGGAGGGGGCUACACAGACGAGCCGGUCUCUAAGAUCCUCUCCCACGUGGAGGACGGGCUGGUGGUGCAGCUGGACCGCUGGAACCUCCGCAUGGAGGCGGGGCCUGGCCCCGGGGGGGCGGGGCCCAGCCAGGGGGGGGCGGGGCCCAACGGAGGCCCGGGGGGCGCGGACCCCGAAGAGCAGCAGGCCGACAAGCUCCCCAUGGACGUUUUCAACAACUACUUCAGCCUGGGCUUCGACGCCCACGUCACCCUGGAGUUCCAUGAGUCCCGAGAGGCGAACCCUGAGAAGUUCAACAGCCGCUUCAGGAACAAGAUGUUCUACGCUGGGACGGCCUUCUCUGACUUCCUGAUGGGCAGUGCCAAGGACCUGUCCAAGCACAUCAAGGUGGUGUGUGAUGGUGUUGACCUGACCUCUAAGAUCCAGGAUCUUAAACUCCAGUGUCUGGUAUUCCUCAACAUCCCCAAGUACUGCGCGGGCACCACCCCCUGGGGUAACCCCGGCGACCACCGCGACUUCGAACCCCAACGACACGACGACGGCUACCUUGAGGUCAUUGGCUUCACCAUGACGUCCCUGGCCACGCUGCAGGUCGGAGGUCACGGUGAGCGGCUGAACCAAUGCCGAGAGGUCACCCUCACCACCACCAAGCCCCUCCCGGUCCAGGUGGACGGGGAGCCGUGCCGUCUGGCCCCCUCAGUGAUCCACAUCAGCCUGAGGAACCAGGCCAACCUACUGCAGAAGACCAAGACCAGGAGCUCUCUGCCCCACCUCAACGACCAGCAGCCCCCCCCUGAGAGGCUGCGGCUCCGUGUGAACCGGAUCACCAUGCACGACUACGAGGCGCUGCACUACGACAAGGACCGGCUCCGGCAGGCCUCCCUCCCCCUUGGCCUCAUCGUUGUCCCGGGAGACGGAGAUCUGGAGGUCUGCAGGGUCCACAUCGAGAGGCUGCAGGAGGAUGUCUGUGUCUCCGACCCGGCUUCCCGCUGUUCUCUGCUGCAGGAAGAGGGGGCGCCCCUCAAGCUGUCAUCCCAACGUCUGUCCCCUAAGUGGUGCUUCCUCGACUCGACCACCGCGGACCGCUUCUACAGGAUCGACAGAACCCAGGAGCACCUGAACUUUGUGUCAGAGAUCUCCCAGGAGGAGCUGUUCAUCCUGGACCCUGAGCUGGUGGUCAUGAGGACCGUGGGGACCUCCGCCAUGCCGGACCUGCUCAGCCCCGCCUCCAGCGUGGAGGACCCCCCCCGAGAGAGCGACGAGGCAGACGGACUCCCCCCUGCCUCCCCCUCCUCCCCCACGUCUCCCGCCUCCUCCAGCGACGCGGGCCACAGACUGAGGGUCCUCAGUGACGGCUCUCUGACCGACGGGCUGGGGAACCCGGUGCACACCGAGAAGAAACUCAAGAGGGCUGGGUGUAUCCAUCGGUCCAACACCACUGCUGCCGAUUUCCAAUCUGCAAGCAGGAAAGACUUCAUCCACCUGGAGAGGAAGGAGGCGGAGCCGGGGAUGAAGGAGGCGGAGCCAGGGAGAAAGGAGUCGGAGCCAGGGAGGAACGAGGCGGAGCCUGGGAAAGGCUCUCUAGAGAUGCUGAUUCAGUCUGUGAAGCAGACAGACCUGAAGAGGCUCCAGGAGCUCCACGCGGGGGGGGCCGACCUGGCCGCGCUGGAUGCCGCCGGCUGCACUCUGCUGCACCACGCCGUCGCCGCCGGCAACAAGGAGGUGGUGCGCUACAUCCUGGACCACGCUCCCACUGAGCUCCUGGAUGUGGCGGAGAUUCUACAGGGUGAGACAGCGCUCCACCGGGCCGCGUCUCUCUGUCUGAGGACCAUCUGUCACUACCUGGUGGAAGCUGGGGCCUCCCUCAUGAAGACAGACCUGCAGGGGGACACACCGAAGAGCCGAGCGGAGAAGGCGAGCGACUCGGAGCUGGCGGCCUACCUGGAGAACCGCCAGCACUACCAGAUGAUCCAGAGGGAGGACCAGGAGACGGCGGUCUGAGGAGGAGGAGACCCCUCCUGGUCUGAACCUGGAGGGUCUUCACCGGCGGGGUGAAGGCAGGCACCGGUCUGAAGGAGAGCGGAUCACUUGGAGGUGGUCUCCUUCAGGCGACGGGGGUCCACACUGGUGUUGAGUUUCCAGGAAUGUUGUGGGAUCUUCACCCCCUGGUCCUGGAGUUGUUGAGACCGGUCUAGCUCCUGGACUCCAAUCCUCAAACCAGGUCUGGAAGAAGAACAAGAACAAUGUAUAUAAUCAGGUCUGAGGAGGAUAUCUGGAUCUCUGACCUCACAGAGAGACAUCUUCUUCUUCACACAGUGGUCUGUAGAGGAAUUCUAAGACCCUUAAGAUUGGCCCCUCAAACGGCCCCUCAAAUGAUUUGAGAUCUUUUCAUUCGGACUCAGAAGACCCGGGAUGUCAAAGCCAUAUCCACACGCUGCCAGGAGCUGACGAUCCCCGCUGUAGAACCAACAACAGAUCGACCCCGCUCGCAAUCAGGGACUGAAAAACACGUCUGCCGUUGAUUCAACGUCCGAGCAGGAAAAACAAUCGUAAAGAUUCCAAUGAGGAUCUGUGGACGAGGAAGGCUUUGUGAAACCGUCCUCUGAUUCGCUCACUGAAUUGGUAGUGCUCGUUAGAACAAAGUCUUAACGAUUAUUUUCCUCAGACUGUAAUGAUACAGGCCAAUCCCAUCGUCUGGUUUCAAAGCGACUCUGAAGAAUGGCUGCACUGCUGAAAUAGUUUUUUUUGCAAAUUGCCGCACAAGUGAUCGUUUUCCCUGAAGCUUUCGUCGCCAGAACGGCUUUUUGACGAGUUAUGAUUGCUGCUUUUGUACUGACGUGUUGUGUGUGAACUUUGUGCGACAGACGAGUGUGCAUGGAAUACAAUUAAAUCGGUUGCCUUUAAGUAUUUGUGUGUGUGUGAAAUAAACCAUUUUUGGAAGGUUCAGGACAUUCCCAAAGCACAAAGCUCUAAGUGCGUAUGAGUGUUCAUCCACACAGAAGCUGAUUGGCUUGAUUAACCCCCCCCAGAACCAGAAAUCCAAAUAUGGGUAUAUUUCUUUGCACGCCAUUUUGAAUCAUCUUUGUGGCAAAUACACUUUUUCUUUGGAUCAUAUGACCUAAAAAGCCUUUCAGGUCAACUGACUCACUUAAGUCAGUUCUUAAAUCGGUUAUUUGGUCAGUUAUAGGAAGCUGUUCCAGCGAGAUAAACCUCUGAUUUAUUACAACUUUAAAUACACACUUUUAUACAAAUUGCCUUUUUUAAUAUCGUCAGUAGUUGUGUUUUGAAUUAUGGAUGGUCGCCAGGUUUGGAUUGUAUAUCAGAUUUGAAUUCGAGUGGUGAUUUUGCGUCAUGUUUUAUUAAUAACUCGUUAAGAAGUGGAGAAGGAGAAUCAUGAUUUAAAUAUGUUCAUAGUUCAGAUAUUCAUAAUUAGUCUGUAUAUAAUCUGUCAUCAAAUGUGUCGAGACAAUCUGAAUCUCUUUAAAGCAAUUCUCAGUUUGCUGCCUCUAAACAGACGUACAAUCAAAGGAUCUGCUUUUCAAAGUGGGUUUUUAAGACUUUUUUAUACCAUCACAGUCAGAAAUAGGAUUUUUCUUGCCAAAGUCAAAGGCAGCAUUUCAGAAAUGCAUUCAGCAUUUUUCAUUUUUCCUUGAACUCACUGCACUGGACAAGGAGUUCUCACACUUCUACAUAUCUAGAAGGCAGCAAACACAGCUGCGAGACAACUUUGACAAUAUCUCAAGUGACAAAAAGCAUGUUAUUUACCAAAUUGUAAGCGGCAUGUCUGGUGUUUUCGUGUUCAAAUUGUUACAUUUAAUUUAAUUAAAUGGAAAAUUAAAUUAAAUUAAAAAUGGAAUUUUUAUUGAACUGCAAAUCACAGGGAUAUUGAGAAAACGCUUAUUUUCAGCGCACACUCUGAUAUCUUUUCAACUUUUUUCAUUUGCAACUCGCGCAAACAUUUAAGUUUUAGAUUUCUCCGAUGGGACUUACGAUGUCCAGUCCAUUUAUUAAUUAACCGGUUGUCUCCGUGCUGCUUGGCUUUGUAAUUAGUUAUUUUGUGUUCGAUAGCUUUAUCUGUAAAUCAAUAUUUUCUACCAUUGGAAUAUUUGGAGCCUGUUUGAGUAAUUUUUUUUUUUAAGUGAUUGUUAUAUCUGUAUUUUGUAAGUAUGCUUAUCAUAAUAUUUAGCUUGGUAUGGGAUUUAAAAUGUUUAUUUAAGGGAAUAAAAGUGUUUAUGGAAUGUCAUCUUUA